AUGAAUUCAACUGAAGAAAUGUCAAUUAAUGAACAAGAUUUAAAUAAUUUAUGUAUUUUUGUCGAACAGAAUUUCUUUGAUGAAUUUCAAAAUUAUUUUGAGAAAUUAAUCAAUUCAACUGAAUAUUUAACGACUUUAAUUGAACAUGGAAAUUAUAAAUUCAAUUUAUUAAUGUUGGAAUGUUUUCAUGGAAAUGAACAAAUUGUGAAAUAUCUUUUACAAUUUCCUUCUGCAAACGAACAAAUUGUACAACGAGGAAAUUUAAUUUUCAACAGAGGUCGUCAAAUCCAAGAUGGAAAUGUUCUUUAUUGUUCAUGUUUUCAAGGUCAUUUUCAUUUGGCAAAAUAUUUAAUUGAAUUUAAUAAAAAUCUUCUUGAUGAAAAUACAUUUGAUCAUCAAUCAUAUCCAUUAUUAUUAAAAGCAACAAUUGAAAAUCGUUUAGAUAUCGUUCGUUUUCUUCUAGAGAAUCAUUAUUCUCAUGUAAAUGAAACUCGAUCAUCUAAUGAUGAACAACGUACAGCUUUAAUGUGUGCAGCAUAUUACAAUCAUUCAACGAUUGCUGAAUAUUUGAUCAAUCAUGGUGCUGAUGUUCAUUAUAUCAAUCCGAGAAUGCUUUUAAGUAAAACAUCAUUGAUAUGUGCAGUGAUCAAUGAAGCAACGGAAGUAUUUCGUUUACUUUGGAAGGCAAAUGCUGGUCCAAAGUCAAAAGAUAAUGAUCUUCUCAAAUUGAUUGUUCAUCAACAUGCAUAUGACAUUAUGAUAUUUCUUUUUGAAGAAUCUUUUUAUUCUCCGGAUGAUCUUGAAAAUUGUAUCGUUUCGAGAAUUUCAGAUCUUUCAUCAAAUUUUCAAAGGAUUCAAAAACUUUUGCCAUUCUCAGAAAUAUCCUUGAAACAACGACAAGUUAUUGGAUUGAAAAAAGUAAUUGAAAACGAUCACGAACGAAUUCUAAUUGAAUGUUUAUUAAUUCAAGAACGUCUUUAUUUACCCAAUCGACGUACAAUUUUCAAAGAUGCAUUAGAAGAAUAUACUAAACGAUUGAUCUCAGCAGGAAAAUUCGAACAAACCUUCGAUGUUUGUUUAUAUUUUAUUGAAAUUAAUCAAGGUGAAUCGAGUUUAUUUUUAUUUAUUUGGAUUUUAUGUCGAAUGAUUUCUUCUCAACAAAAAAUCUCAAUUGAAAGAUUUUUACAAGCUGCUUCAUUUGCACUUCAACCAUUUUAUAAUCAAUCUCGAGAAACGGAUGUAAAGAAUGCUUUGUUCUUUGUUAUUAUUGCAAAUCGAAUUCUCGAACAAAAAGAUUUGAAUCUUAAACAACGAAAAUUGAUUUAUCGUUGGAUUAUCGAUCUUUGUCGAUUACAAUCAACGUGUAAUUAUGGAUAA